UAGUGGCGCGGUGCAUUGUGGGUGUGCACGGAGAAGAAAAAUGGCGGACUUGGCGAACGAAGAGAAGCCUGCCAUAGCUCCUCCAGUGUUUGUGUUUCAGAAGGACAAAGCACUGAAGAGAUCCGCAGAUGGGUCGAGUGCAGAGGACGGGGAUGAUUCAGAUCGAGAUGAUGGCGAGUACUGUCCUCUGGUAAAGAGAGAGAGGACCUCAUCUCUGACCCAGUUUCCCCCGUCACAUUCAGUUCCCAAGAAUAAUAUCUUUAUGCCCUCAAGUUUAUGCCAGUCUCCAACUGGUAAUUCAGACUCGGAGCCAGAAGAGAAGCCUGUCGGGUUCAGGUUGAAACCUCCCACACUCAUUCAUGGCCAGGCCCCAAGCGCAGGUUGUUUUCCAGGCGUUCCCAGUCAGAAGCCCAAAGAACAGCAGCGCAGUGUUCUGAGACCAGCCGUUUUACAGGCUCCUCCGGCCAAAACCCUCACAGAAUCCGUCAAGACCAACUCCAGCUGUGGAACAAAUGGAGUUGGGAAGUUUGGAGAUACAUCAUCAGAGAGCCGAUCCGUUUUCCUGAACAACACAGAGAGCUCGGACAAAUCACCGAAGCGGGAGAAGGAAGGAGAAGAAAAUGGAGGUGGACGGAAAGAGGACAGCAGUCAGAAGAAGGAUAGUGCGGUGGACUCAUCGUUUGUGUUCGGGCAGAACAUCAAAGAGCGAGCGAAGUUGGAGGAAAACAGCACAUCCAGUGAAUCAAAAGACUCCACACAGGACUCUCAGUCUGGCAGCACCAAUUAUUUCUUACAGUACAUGGGCAGCGCUAGCUCCAACAAUGCCACCAACAGCUCAGAUAAAGGCUCCAAGUUUGUUUUUGGCCAGAACAUGUUUGAGAGAGUUCUGAGCCCCCCAAAAGCAGGCGAGGUGUCGGUCGAGGCCAGUAAAGACGGUCCAGCUCCAGCAUCUGAGCCUUCAUCACAAGAGGCCACACCUGAGAAAAAUCACAGUGUAUCGGAGUCUCUGGUCGAGUCGGCAGCCGCGUACACCAAAGCCACUGCCAAGAAGUGCAUUCUGGAGAAAGUAGAGGUCCGUACUGGAGAGGAGGCAGAGAGCAAUGUUUUACAGAUGCAGUGCAAGUUGUUUGUGUUCGAUAAGCCAGCUCAGUCGUGGGUGGAACGGGGCCGCGGUCUGCUCAGACUUAAUGACAUGGCAUCCACCGACGAUGGCACGUUACGGUCGAGAUUAGUGAUGCGCACGCAGGGCAGUCUGCGCCUGAUCCUCAACACCAAGCUCUGGCCUCAGAUGCAGGUGGAUAAAGCCAGUGAGAAGAGCGUUCGUAUCACAGCCAUGGACACUGAGGACCAGGGCGUCAAGGUCUUCCUCAUAUCGGCAAGCUCUAAAGAUUCGGGUCAGCUGGCCGCGGCGCUGCACCACCGGAUCCUGGCCCUGCGGAGUCGUGCGGAGCAGGAGGCCGAGAGUGCACCCGUCCCGACUGAACCACAGAUCCCGCAGUCUAACGAGUACGACAGUGACGAUGACCAACCCGCUAACAACAGCAGCGGCACGGGGAACUCCACCGCCAGUGGUAACUGUGAGAGCAGCGAGACCGCAGCUGCCGAGAGCACAUAGCAUCCCGACCCUCUGCCCAACCCACAGCCGUCCACCGGGGUUUUUAGCGCAGGCAUCUUUGCGGACAGCCCGGACCGGCACGACCCCCUCGGACUGGAGCCAUGGACCCCUGGAGCAGAGUCUCUCUCACCCAAACUUCUGUAGUUCAUAUUCCCUCCAACAUUUAUUGUAAAUCUGGAGUUUAGUUUUUUGUUGUUUUUAGUUUUUUUUUUCACUUGGACUGCAAAUAAACAAAUUAAAAUGACAACAAAUAAGAAAAAAAAGAAGAAAAAAACAGACUUUUCCAUGUAUGGCUUCGGACUUGGUCGCUCAUCAUAUUGAUGAGCGUGAGGGUGUUUCUCUCUCCGUUUAGGACGUGGCUCAUCAAGACUGCAGUUUCUACCGUGGGACCGUUUUUUACUCAUUGUCUCGCUGUCUUUCUCUUUUUAUUGGCUCUCUGCUUCACCAUGACCUUGCCGCAUCAUUGUGCUUGUCAGCCAAUCAGCUGCCUGAAAGCUCCACGGUCACCUGACCUCUGCUGUGUUCCGUGUCGUUGUACCAUUGUUCCCAGCUGAUUUCUGCCAGCUUCACUGAGCGUCUCACUUUCUAGGACAAGCUGACACUCUUACUAGUCUGCUAAGAUGAUAGUUAGAUUUCUCAUUGGUGUUAACGAAUAAAGGACUUAACAGGCACACGGACUCGUGCUGUAGUGAAUCUGUUUCUACAUCCGCCCCCUGUAAAAGAGAAAAAUAUCUUCACCCCAACGUCUCUUGAAACAUCAAACUGAGUUGUGUAGCUUCGUUUAGGGGCAGAUAAUGUUUAAUAUUUCUUUUCUUUUAAACAUUUAAAGCAGCAUCUCGGUAUUUGUUUUUAUUUUCCAUAUUCUGAGGGUUUGUAUUGUGUUGGCCUUUUUUUGUUAAAUAUCGAUUUACUAUAUUAACUUUUUAUCCAUUUCGUGUCAUUUGGAGACGGUUUGUCAGAAAUGAAGAUUUUCUUCAUGUGUUGGAAGUUUGAGUGCAUUUAGACGCAGGAAAAAGAAAAGGACAAAAAAGAAUAAAAAAAAGUGUACCCUUGAUUGUUCUGUAAAUUUCUAUGCGUAUAUUAUCACUUACUAGCACACCAUGUCUCCAAACUCCUUUACAAAAUAAAUAGUAAUAUCAAAGAUGAAAAAAAAAA